AUGCCCGUCAAAAUUGGAAUUAACGGUUUCGGUCGUAUUGGCCGUAUUGUCUUGCGCGCAUCCCUUUUGAAGGGUGACGAGGGGGUUCAAGUGAUCUCUGUCAACGACCCAUUCAUCCCUCUCGACUACAUGGUCUACAUGCUCAAGUACGACUCUGUCCACGGCAAGUUCCCUGGCACCGUUGAGGCCAAGAACGGAAAGCUCGUGGUGAACGGCAAGGAAAUCAUUGUGCACAACGAAAAGGAUCCCGGAGACAUCCCAUGGGGCAAGGAUGGCGCCGAGUACAUUAUUGAGGCUACUGGUAUCUUUACCACCGCCGACAAGGCCGAUGUCCACAUUAAAAAAGGUGGUGCCAAGAAGGUCAUCAUCAGCGCUCCUUCCAAGGAUGCCCCCAUGUUUGUCUGCGGUGUCAACUUGGAUGCCUACAAGCCCGAAUACGGCGUCAUCUCGAACGCCUCGUGUACUACCAACUGCUUGGCUCCUUUGGCCAAGGUCCUUGACGACGAAUUUGGUAUUGUCGAGGCUUUGAUGAGCACAAUUCACGCUACCACUGCUACUCAGAAGACUGUCGAUGGUCCAUCUCACAAGGACUGGCGUGCUGGCCGUGGUGCCAACCCCAACAUUAUCCCAGCUACCACUGGUGCUGCCAAGGCGGUCGGCAAGGUGAUCCCUCACUUGAACGGCAAGUUGACUGGCAUGUCGUUCCGCGUCCCUAACCCUGAUGUCUCAGUCGUUGAUUUGACUGCACGCUUGCAAAAGCCCGCUUCGUAUGACCAGAUCAAGGCUGCCAUGAAGCGCGCAUCGGAGGGUCCUAUGAAGGGUAUCCUCGGCUACACUGAGGACAUGGUCGUUUCUAGUGACUUUAUUGGUGACAACCGCUCGUCUAUCUUUGAUGCCGAGGCCGGUAUCUCUCUUAACGACAACUUCUGCAAGCUUGUCAGUUGGUACGAUAACGAGUUUGGUUAUUCCUGCCGUGUGGUCGACUUGGUCGAGUACGUUGCCAAGAAGGAUGGCAAUGCCUAA